UGGCAACACUGCUUUUGUUGUCGCGUUUCAUCGAUUCGAUUUUCGCUGCUUUACUAUGGUGUUGUUUGCAUUUUUUCUGUGAAUUUUUCCACAUUUCCCGGCAAAAAUGCUUCUCAAAGAGCAGAUAAAGUUCGAUAUUGAAUGGGGCCAUGAGAGGCUUGUUAGGGCCCAGCAGGCAGUUGAAUUGCGCCCCUACGAUGUGGAAUCGUGGUCUGUGCUCAUCCGUGAAGGACAGAGUCGUCAUGUGCAUGAAGUGCGAUCUCUGUAUGAGUCUCUGGUAUCAGUUUUUCCCACAACAGCACGCUUCUGGAAAAUCUACAUUGAGCAGGAAAUGCGUGCCCGGAACUAUGAGAGAGUGGAGAAACUCUUUCAGCGGUGCCUCGUGAAGAUUCUCAAUAUUGAUCUGUGGAAGCAGUACUUGACGUAUGUGAAAGAGACCAAGUCUGGACUGAGUACGCACAAGGAGAAGCUGGCUCAGGCAUAUGAUUUCGCAUUGGAGAAAAUUGGUAUGGAUCUCCAUUCGUAUUCCAUCUGGUCGGAUUAUAUUCAAUUCCUGAAGAGUGUGGAGGCUGUGGGGAGUUAUGCAGAGAAUCAGAAGAUUACAGCUGUCCGGAAGGUUUAUCAGAAGGCUGUCGUCACACCAAUCAUUGGCAUUGAGAUCCUCUGGAAGGAAUAUAUAGCUUUUGAGCAGAACAUCAAUCCCAUCAUCUCGGAAAAGAUGAGUCUCGAACGUUCUCGGGAUUACAUGAAUGCCCGCCGUGUGGCUAAGGAGCUGGAGAUUGUCACGCGUGGAUUGAAUAGGAAUUUGCCAGCAUUGCCACCGAGUCUCAGUAAGGAUGAGAUGAAGCAGGUGGAACUGUGGAAGAAGUACAUUGCUUUCGAGAAGUCCAAUCCAUUGAGGAGUGAAGAUACAGCUCUGGUGACCAGGCGCGUAAUGUUUGCCACUGAACAGUGUCUCCUGGUGCUGACGCAUCAUCCAGCUGUUUGGCAUCAGGCGGCACAGUUCCUGGACCAAAGUUCGAAGUUGCUGACGGAGAAGGGAGAUGUCAAUGCUGCCAGGACUUUUAGCGACGAGGCAGCAAAUGUUCUCGAGAGAGCCACAAAUGGGGUUCUCAGCAGGAAUAUGCUGCUGUACUUUGCUUAUGCGGAUUUUGAGGAGGGACGCAUGAAAUACGAAAAAGUGCAUCAGAUGUACAAUAAAUUCCUCUCAAUCCCGGACAUUGAUCCAACUCUGGCAUACGUGCAGUACAUGAAGUUUGCCAGAAGAGCCGAAGGCAUAAAGUCCGCCAGGGCAGUGUUCAAGAAUGCCCGGGAAGACAUUCGUUCGCGCUAUCAUGUUUUUGUGGCAGCAGCCUUGAUGGAAUACUACUGCAGCAAAGAUAAGGAUAUUGCCUUCCGGAUCUUUGAGUUGGGACUGAAGAGAUUUGGCGGAAGUCCAGAAUAUGUCAUGUGCUACAUUGACUAUUUGUCGCAUCUCAAUGAAGAUAACAACACGAGAGUUUUGUUUGAGAGAGUCCUCUCUUCCGGAGGCCUAACUCCGCAUCUGUCCGUGGAAGUUUGGAAUAGAUUUCUGGAAUUUGAGUCAAAUAUCGGAGAUUUGUCGAGUAUUGUCAAGGUUGAGCGACGCAGGAGUGCAGUUCUGGAGAAUUUGAAGGAAUUUGAGGGCAAAGAAACUGCACAGCUCGUUGAUCGCUACAAAUUCCUCGAUCUCUAUCCGUGUUCGUCAGUUGAACUGAAAUCCAUUGGAUAUUCAGAUACCAAGGGCAUUCUCACGGCAAAAUCCAGCAGUUCAGACACUCCGGAAAGCAUGAAUCAACUGCCAAGACUCGAUCUGUCGCAAAUGAUCCCCUAUAAGCCAAAACCCAAUGCCUUCCCGGGAGAACAUCCACUUGCCGGUGGCACAUUCCCUCAGCCACCGGCAUUGGCUGCCCUCUGUGCUCAGCUUCCGCCUCCUGUCUCCUUCCAGGGACCUUUUGUCUCAGUGGAGCACCUCAUUGACAUUUUCAAUCGUAUACAACUUCCAGAACCACCUGUUCCAUCCGGCGAAAAUGGCUUCAGCAGCAAACUCUUCGAUCUGGCCAAGUCUGUGCACUGGAUUGUCGAUGAUAGCGCCUUCUCUGGCGAAGGUGGACUCAAGAGGAGACGCAUUCUGCCCGGUGGAGAUGACAGUGAUGACGACCAGGCAGCUCCAGCGCCACCAACAAACGAUAUCUAUCGUCUGAGACAGCAGAAAAGAUUCAAUAAAUGAGAGAAUUUCAAUUGAAAAAAAUAAAUGUAAUUGUGGAAGAACA